ACUGUGUACAUUGAGCUCUAUCAUCAUCAUCAUCGUCGUCGUCGUCGUCGUCGACACAAGUUCAAAAUAUUGCAAAAUAUGUUGUCUAUUUACAAAUUUCAAAUUACAAUUUAGUAGACAGUAGUAGUUGUUGUUACGUUAAAUCGUAUACUCUUGAUUUACUUUUUUAUAUUGUAUUUUUCAAUGAAAAUUAUAAAUUUAUAAAUUAUUUUAUUUAUAAUUUUUUUUUAAAAAUACCUAUAAAUAAAUAUUUUUAUUUUGUUUGUUGGAUAAAAAAUAAAUAAAAAAGUGUGUUUCAAUUUUGAGUGUUUAAUCAAAAAAAAAAGAAAAAAACUGAUAAUUAAUUGUAAAAUAAAAUAAAAAAAAUAAUCAACAUCAUCAUCAGAAUAAUAAAAUUUAAUUAUUUAUUAAAUAUAGAAAAAAACAAUGGCAGAGGCUCAUUCUGCUGUUGCAUUUAGUUUUUCAAUAACUCACGAAGGCUGGGAUGUUAAUUUUGAUAGAGAAGUGUUACAUCUUGUUUGGCAAUCUGGACUGAGAUCAUGGAAAAAAAGAUUUUUUAGAUUUCAUAAUAAUUUACAAACUGGAGUUUAUCCAGCAUCAUUAAAUAGUCUUUGGCUAACAAUUGGCAUUGUUAGUGCAAUACAUUUUGCUGGUUUCAAAGUUCCGUAUGACCUAGUCGGCAAGGUCGAGCCAUAUUUAUCUGGAUCAUCAAUACCAGCACAUUUUGCUGGCUCAGUUAUUGUCAGUAUAUUAUUAUGGCUCAUGACAAUAUAUUUAUUACGUUAUUGUUUAAAAGGUUUAUUUAUGUAUAAAGGUUGGAUUUAUGAAUCAAGAACAAAGGGUAGUUCAGCAUCUUUGAAAACAAAAAUUUGGCUAUGUUUAGUUAAAUUAUUAUCAGGUUGGAAUAAACCAAUGUUGUACAGUUAUCAAGGUUCAUUACCACGUUUACCAUUACCAAGUGUUGAUGAUACAAUGAGACGUUAUUUAACAAGUGUUAGACCUCUACUUGAUGAUGAUAAUUUUAAAAGAAUGGAAAAUUUAGCAAAUGAAUUUAAAAAUGGUAUUGGUAUUAAAUUACAACGUUAUUUAAUAUUAAAAUCAUGGUGGUCAACAAAUUAUGUAUCUGAUUGGUGGGAAGAAUAUGUUUAUUUACGUGGUAGAUCACCAAUAAUGGUUAAUUCAAAUUUUUAUGGUAUUGAUGCAAUAUUAAUGCAUCCAACAAAUAUACAAUCAGCACGUGCUGCAAAUAUAAUACAUAGUUGUUUACAAUAUCGUAAAUUAAUUGAAAGACAAGAACUUGAACCAAUUAUGUUACAAGGUAUUGUACCACUUUGUUCAUGGCAAUAUGAACGAUUAUUUAAUACAACAAGAAUACCUGGUAUUGAAACAGAUAAAUUAGUACAUUGGAAUGAUUCAAAACAUAUUAUUGUUUAUCACAAGGGUUGUUAUUAUAAAGUACUUGUUUAUAUGAAAAAUAGAAUAUUAACACCAUGUGAAAUUGAACAUCAAAUAAUGUAUAUACUUGAAAAUAAUUCAUCAUCAUCAUCAUCAAUACCAGCUGAUGGUGAAGAAAAAUUGGCAGCAUUAACAGCAAAUAAUCGUACAGUAUGGGCAAAUGCAAGAACUUGUUAUUUUUCAAAAGGUAUUAAUAAACAAAGUCUUGAUGCUAUUGAAAAAUCAGCAUUUGUUGUUGUACUUGAUGAUUAUCCAUAUGAAUAUGAUGCAGCAUGUCCAGAAAAACUUGAUCAGUAUGGUAGAAAUUUAUUGCAUGGAAAAGGAUAUGACAGAUGGUUUGAUAAAUCAUUUAAUUUAUGUAUUGGUACAAAUGGACGAAUUGGAUUUAAUGCUGAACAUUCAUGGGCAGAUGCAGCUGUGAUGUCACAUUUAUGGGAAUAUAUAUUUUCUCAAGAUUUAGCCAACAAUGUGGCUGAUGCGCCUGUGAUGGGAGCCUUGUGGGAAUUCCUUAUUGGUACUGAUGUUGUGGAUGGAUACAAGGAAAAUGGUCAUACAUUAGGUAAUAUGGAAAUUACACUAACUCCUACACGUCUUCAAUGGGAUUUAUCAAAAAAAUGUAUUGAAACAAUUCAAGAUUCAGCAAUGCUGGCUAAUGAAUUGGUUAAUGAUGUUGAUUUACGUAUAUAUGUACAUGAUAAAUAUGGAAAAGGAUUUAUGAAAACUUGUUCAAUGUCACCAGAUGCAUAUAUACAAAUGGCAUUGCAAUUGGCAUAUUAUCGUGAUGCUGGAAAAUUUAGUUUAACAUAUGAAGCAUCAAUGACACGACUUUAUAGAGAAGGUAGAACUGAAACAGUUAGACCAUGUACAAUUGAAUCAACAGCAUGGGUUAAAUCAAUGCAAGAUUCAUCAUUGAGCAUUGAAGAUAAAUAUAAUUUAAUGAAAGCUGCUGUUGAUAAACAUCAACGUGGCUAUCAAGAUGCCAUGUGUGGUAAAGGAAUUGAUAGACAUUUAUUUUGUUUAUAUGUUGUAUCAAAAUAUCUUGAAGUUGAUUCACCAUUUUUAAAACAAGUUUUAAGUGAACCAUGGCGUUUAUCAACAUCACAAACACCACAUGGACAAACAUCAAAAUUGGAUCUUAAAAAAUAUCCAAAUUGUAUAUCUGCUGGUGGUGGUUUUGGACCAGUUGCUGAUGAUGGAUAUGGUGUAUCAUAUAUUAUUGCUGGUGAAAAUCUUUUAUUUUUUCAUAUAUCAAGUAAAAAAAAAUCACCAGCAACUGAUUCACAUAAAUUUUCAUUACAAAUUGAAAAAGCUCUAGAUGACAUAAAAAAUCUCAUGAUUUCAUAUCAAAAAAUUAUGAAAAAUAAAAAAAAUAAUAAUAAUACAACUACGUAAUUUUAAAUAAUUUUUUUUUUUUUUUUGUUGAUUUUACACACAAAAUAUGGCACAAUUAUUAUUAUUAUUAUUAUUAUUUUAUUAUAGGUAUAUCUAGAAAAAAUUAUAUUUCUUAAAAAUUUUUAUAAAUGAUGAUUUAUUUGUUUUUAAUUAUUAUUAUUAUUAUUAUAUAAUUUAAUAUUGUCAAGUUUGUGCAACUCAUCAAUGCAAAAUAUUAUUAUUAUUAUUAGAUAGUAACUUUGGAAAAAGAAAAUAUAUUUACACAAGUACAUGUAUAUUAUUAUUAUUAUUAUAUUAAAAAUUAAUAUUUUGAAAAAUAAAUUUGUUUAUUUUUUCAA